AUGUCUGAAACAGAGACAGACAUAGGGAAAGUUAGAACACAGAGCUUUGAAAAUGAUCAGAGAACAACUUCCGUGUUGCUGAAAGAAGAACAUCAAUUAGCAAGCAAAGAUGACAAAUCUAUGAAAAGUAUUGUUCUCAGCUCAGUAUCGGAGUUUAGCAUCACAGAUGUGCCAUCCAUAGACACCAGAAGUGACAGGAAACUCUCAGAUUCUACCACGUCUUCAUUAUCAUCACUUCAGAAAUGUGAAACACAAUUCAGCUACCUCGAAGAUGCUGCAUCAAGCCACGAAAGAGACAAUAAUGAUGAAUGUGCCACCCUCAUCCUGGCCUGCUUAUUCUGCCAGUUUUGGGAGUUUCUGUUCAUGUUGCCUGACGUCUGUGAAAACUGGCUGAUCGAUACGUGCUGUCCUUCCUACAGAUAUCACCAAACCUCAAGCGACACUUCCAACAAUGGUGACUGCAGCUGCAGCUGUGACAUUGAUUGCAGCAUCCUUGAGUCUUGUCAGGAAAGUGGGGAAUGUCUUGAACUGGCUCUGGAAGUCUCACAAGUCUGUUUUCAUUAG